AUGAAUGUAUCAACUUCAACUUUGGGAGCCAAGCGGAGAAGAAGAAGAAACGAUGCGGGCGUUGGUGAUCAGGAAAAUGCAGCAGUUUUGCAGUUAGGUCCAGAGUUUACAGAAACCCAGAUUGAUCAUGAGGGCAAUGCUCAGCAAUUGGUGGCUCUUAAUUUUUCCGAGGCCAGAAUUUUGAUUAGAGAAGCCUUGAAGGAACGUAAGAAAGUCAUGGACGCCAAAAAUGGAGUGGCAUCAACGAGCAUUGCAGAUGAUGACGACGAUGAUGAAGUUAUUGCUAAAGUAGCCCUUGCUCCUGGUGCCAACGAAGUUUUGAAGAAGACAUUGGAAUAUCUUAAUAUAUUUGCGAGAUUUAGAGACCAGGAAACAUGUUCGGUAGUAGAAAGUUUGUUAAAGCCAAAAGACUACGAAGAUAAAGAAACUUCAUUGCAUCCAUUUGAAAUUGCCCAGUUGGGUUCUUUGGCUUGUGAUGAGCCAGACGAAGCAAAAACUUUGAUUCCAAGUUUAGCUGAUAAGAAGAGUGAUGAGGAAUUAUUGGAAGUUUUGAACCAGCUACGUACUUAUGAAACUCCAAACUGA